AUGGCAUCACUACCUUGGUGCCAAUCUACAAAAAAAGGCACAAGGACAAGGUAUAGCCGCCCGGCUAUACUGGCAUCCCUUAUCCUCACUUUCUAUUCCACCUUCAGACCCAUCACAGCCCCAAAUUCACCACCUCGCCAUAACCUCCCCGAGAAACAAUCGAAUGGUGUUGAUUUUACGGUGAAACCUGUUGAUGGGUUUGAUGCAUCUCCUACUUUUAAACCCGAUUUGCCUGAGAAAGGUUUGAAUGUUGUGGAUGUCGGUGCAAAUUCACUAGCUGUGAAGGUUGAGAAAGUGGAUGACCCCAAUUUUGAGGUAUGCAAGAAUAUGCCAGUUUUAUGA